AUGGAAGCCGGAAACACAUCACAUAACGAGAACUUGUCCAAAUCAGAGCUCAUUCAGGGAGUCAGCAACAAUGCCUUUGUGGAAUUACUUAUCAGUCUUUCCUCGGAAUCAGGUGGUCCCAAAGAGGAGCUUUUCGUAAAUACGAUGCAAGAAAGCAACCUCGAUGAACUGAGAAGGCUUUUCAACUCCAAGGUUGAUUUGUUUGAGAUGACUGUACCUACAAAAAUCAACUAUGAUGGCAGAGAGAUGUUCCUCGACCUAGCCUUGAUUCACUGGGCUGCAGGGUUUAGCAAACCUUCGAUCAUCAAUCUUCUUUUAGAAUAUGGUGUCAAAGUGGACGAAAAGAUUCCUAUAAUUGGCGGAACCGCGCUACAUCUGGCAUCUCGAUUUGGUUCUAAAAACAACAUAGAUGUACUCCUUUCUCAAAAGCUGGACAUAAAUCAAAAAGACCGUAUUGGAGAAACUCCAUUACAUUUGGCAUCCAGAUAUGGUAAAGAAGAGAAUGUGGAGUAUCUUCUGGAUGCAGGCGCCGACUAUAGCCAGCUUGACAACCAUAAUAAUAUGGCAAUUCAUCAUGCUGCUACAAAUGGCGAGCUUGAAACUAUGAGAAUUCUUCACAGACGAGGUUCACAUAGAUAUAUCAAUGAGGCAAACGGUUAUCUCAAUGCACCACUGCAUUUAGCAAGUAUGUUUGGCCAUGCCAGUGUUGCAGAAUGGCUUUUGGAAAACGGAGCAGCAAUUAAUCAGCCAGGAAUAGGAGGAGACACUCCAUUGCACAUGGCCACUUCCAGGGGUCAUGUCGAAAUUGUCAGGCAACUUUUGAACAAUGGGGCGGAUAUUCACAAAAAAAAUGACAAUUCAUACUCCGCAAUUCUAAUUGCGUCUGAAAAUGCUAACAUAGAAAUCUUCAAGAUGCUAAGAAGAUCAGGUGCAUUUCUCUUAGAUGUAGGCGCGCGAGAUCAUGGUACUUGCUACCACAGAGUCAUAAUGUGUUUCCGGAAAUUCUCAAGCGACCACGAUGAAAUCAUAAAAAUUUUGGUAGGCGACGGUGUAGAUAUUAACCAGGCUAAUGCUAAUGGCAAUUCACCCUUAUAUCUUGCAUGUAUCAAUCAAAAGCUCGAACAUGCCCAGUGUCUCCUGAAGUAUGGUGCCGACGUCAACCAGAUGGGGUCUCAAAAAAAUGGGACUCAUCUGAUGGAGGCUUGCUGUCUUCCUGCCAGUGACAUAGUUGAAUUGCUCUUACAGCAUAAUGCCGAUACAGAAAUAGAAAACAGUCAUGGGUUGACUGCCUUGGCAUACGCCGUCCACUCCAAUCAUCUUGAACACGUCAAGCUUCUUAUAAAAAAUGGCGCCAACGUCAUAUGUAGCGAUCGUCGAGGAUUAACACCUCUUCACACUGCCAUUUUGCAACCAAAGAAUAUUGCUAUUGCGCUCGAAAUUUUGGCUGCGGAACCAUACUACCCCAAAAGUCCAUCCGCGAAAUAUCCUCACAUGGAAAGCACUUCUGAGAUUCUUGAAAUAGAGAUCGUAUUACUUCAAGGAUUUGAAAGCUCUGAGUAUGAGACACUGGAGCAGCUUCAUAUCAUCAUGUAUUGGGCAGUCUCUAAUGGUGCCAAAGAUUUGGCUAACCGAUGCAUCGAUCAUGAUCGACGAGUACUGCGCUGGACUAGAGAAGGGGCUACAUGGCUUCACAUAACUUCUAAAAGUGGUAUGGUCGAAAUUGCACAACUCCUUUUAGGAAGAAUGACAAUGCAAUCAGACGCACCGGAUCAACCAUUAGGGUUGGCAGCAGUUGCUUUGAUCAUACAGCGAAACAGUCGAGGGGACUCGCCUUUGGCUAUUGCAAUUGAAAAAGGGCAUGAUCAACUAGAGGACUUCUUUUGGGCCCAAAUCAAUCAACUUCAAAUCACCGAAGAAAAAUUGAUAGAGUCUCAUCCAGACAUUGCAUCUCAAAUUCUCGAGUUUCUAGCUCGAUAUGAAGAGCCCGGGAAUGAAGAGAUACUCAAAGGUUUCUUGAGGUCCGGUGGUAAGAGAGACGUCAAAGACUCGGAAGGUUUCACAGCUCUUCAGUGGGCAGUUUGUCGAUCCCAGGCAGUUAUUGUAUGGUGGUUGUUGUCGAAGGGCGGUUACUCGUCUGACAAGAUCAACAGCGCCUUGAAGCUUAUUGUUGAAAACAAAGACGAACAAUCUGAAACCAUAAAGGGAUUACUCCGUGCCCCUCCAACAACUCUCGAUCAUGUCUCAAAUCCAAACAAGAAGCAUAAGCGCAAGUCUCCAAAGUCCGCAAAUGGCAAUCAUUUCACGAAUUAUAUGGGAAGCAUUGUUGAUAUUCUUUCUGGUACAGAACCAAAACGUAUUAAAUAUGCCACCUCAAGUGUUCAGAAGCUGAUUUACGAUAUUGGCCCAGAGGAUAUAAUGAGAGAAGCCGGAGAUUUGAGUGAGCGCCAUUUAGCGUUACUGAAGGAAACUCAAAAGAAACAUUGCGGGGCUUCCUCAAACAGGAUUGUUGUUCAGACAAAAUACUCUCCGAGUCUGGAAUCAACUUCACCCCAACAUGAAAAAAUUGGUGAUGAGGCACCUUCGAGCGGCAACCUGCAUGAUUUUGAUCUUCGCUGGAUUCAUCUUCCUGUUAACGAGUUAAAUCUAAUGCGAGACCUCGUAAGUCGACUAUCAAGUGAUUCAGGUCGAUCCGAAAGAGAACACAUGGCUAUUAUGAAACACUUCAACAAAAGCUGGACAGAGCUGGCGGCAGGCGCAGAACGUUAUUAUAUGAAACCCCAAUUUGUGCGCAAGCAGGAAGAUAGCCACUACGACCCAGUCAAUGGUAAUGAUGGCGACCAAGCACCAAGAGAGUCCACCGCCGGCGCUUGCGCGGCACUUUAUAUGCCAUACCUAGACAUAGGGACCUUUGAUCGCAAAAAAGAUAAGUCUUCAAACACCAAAUCUUCCGCUUUACUUGACGAGUCUAUCAACGAGCGUAACUCGAGAGAAAUCAAGCAUGAGCCUAUAACUCUCGAUCAAUAUUACUAUCCAACUAUUGACGAUACUUCAACGAGAGACAAUGAUCAAGUGCUGUCAAAAUUCUUACAAAAAAAAUCCGAGCAACCGGGAGGCAGAAAAAUCCUCAUGGUGAAUCAGCUUUGGAUUUGGAUUAUCGACAAAAAAACAAUUAUCACAGCCACAACCCAGAAAUUUGGUGAAACUUCCGAACAGCUCAGCAAAGCAGAUCGAGAUCCUCCAGAGAUGCUCAUCCAGAAUGCAUUGGAUAACAUACUUCACGGCGAGACAAAAAGUCAAUUUGAACGCGCAAAAACAGUCGAUUCCCUGAUGGAGCUUCUUCUUGGUGUUGCAUCUGGGCUUUUCAUGAAACGAUUUGUACAUGUUUCUGGCCAAAUUUACAAGGGGCCGAUUGAGAUAUUUCGAGAAUCGAUUAGAGACGUGGCGGAGAAAGAAUCUUCACUUUUCCAAGAGUUUCUUCGAGGUCUCCAGGAAGCAAAACCUCGGGAACAAAAGUCUCUGGAACCAGAGCAAAAGAAAGAACAGCCUUCGAGUGAAGAUUCUGACUCCAAGUCACCGGAUAGACCAAUGCCUUUAAAUCGCUACCAUGUUAUUUCAUCUGAAACCGAACUUCUCAACAUGAUAAGAGAUAUCCGUGACGAGCUUCAUAUGCUCAGAUCUCUGGCAGAGGACCAAGAAAUUGUUUGGAAGCAGGCCUUUGCUUCAAGUGACCUGAUGCACUUCAAAGCUUACAGUCCCACCAAUGUCAAGAAAGAUUUGGACGCUAUGCUUUCUGAAGCAAAUAAAACGGAGGAUUAUAUCAACACUCUGCUCGACCUGCGACAGGCGGAAUUCGGCAGAUUACAAGCAUACGAUUCAGCUAGACAGUCCAACAGUAUCUUUGUAUUUACUAUCAUGACCAUCGUAUUUCUUCCUCUCUCAUUUCUGACGUCUCUCUUCGCGCUGAACGUAUCCAAUUUUCCCCAUGAAGGGGACAACGUACAAUAUAAGGGGUGGUGGAUAUUUCCCAUUAUCUUUGGUGUCACCGCACUUAUCUCUAUUCCAGCUAUCAUUUUCGCAUGGAAAGUUAACGCCUUUUCUAGCUUUCGACCACGAAACAAUAUUUCCAGUGAAAGUGCAAAGCAUACUGAUUUUAUAAAAAGAGUUCGUAAUAUUCCGAGAAGGAGAGGUAGGAAAUCGUUUGAUGCUGAGGCCUAA